AUGGGCCUCCUGCUCUCGAAGGAGCCGCGCCGCCGCCCGCGCCAGAAGCGGCCCCGCUGCGGCAGCUGGUGGCGCCGCCGCCGCCGGCCUCUCCUCAGGUGGCCCCGCGGGGCCCCGGCCAAGGCGGCGGCGGCGCCCCGGGGCCGGGACUGCCUCUUCCGCGGGCCCUGCAUGCUCUGCCUCGUCGUGCACGGCCCCGGCGCGCCCGCCCCCGCCGGCCCGGAGGAGGAGCCGCCGCUGUCGUCGCCGCGGCCGCUCAGGGCCUACGGCGCGGCCGCCUCCUCACAGCCCCCGGCGCGGCGCCGCGCGGGCCUGGCCGCCGAGGACGCCGCGCGCCGCCUCCUGCUCUCGGCCGCCGCCGCCGCCGCUGCGCCGCCCGCCCCCGGCCGCGGGGAGCUGGGGCCGGCCGCGGCCGCCGCCCGGGAGCGGCCGGCCCGGAGCCUCCUGUGGGCCCGCGCGGGGCCCGUGCGCCCGCCCGCGCCGCCCGCCGCCUCGCGGCCCUUCCGGGCGCCGCCGGCCGAGCCCCCCGCGCCCCCCGAGAUGGUGUGCAAGCGGAAGGGGGCCGGGGUCCCCGCCUGCACCCCCUGUAAGCAGCCCCGCUGCGGCGGGGGCGCUUGCGGCGGCGGCGGCGGCGGCGGCGGGCCUGCGGGCGGCGGCCCCGAGCAGCACCCCUCGCCGCCGCUCCGCGCCCCGCGCUCCCCCGCCGCCCCGGGAGGAGCCCCCGCGGAGGCCGGCGGGGACGCGGUCCGAGCGGGGGGCGCCGCCCCCUCGGCCGCCCGGCAGCCGCAGCACGAGUGCGGCGACGCCAACUGUCCGGAGGGCCCAGAGCCGCCGUGCGAGUGCCACCGGGAGCCGCCCCCCGAUGCCCCGGACAUCAACCAGCUGCCGCCCUCCAUCCUGCUCAAGAUAUUUUCCAAUUUAUCUCUGGAUGAACGUUGCCUUUCUGCGUCAUUGGUGUGCAAGUACUGGCGUGACCUUUGUUUAGAUUUCCAGUUUUGGAAGCAGCUGGAUCUUAGUAGUCGUCAGCAGGUCACUGAUGAAUUAUUGGAAAAAAUUGCAUCAAGAAGUCAAAAUAUAAUUGAAAUCAACAUUUCUGAUUGUCGCAGUAUGUCUGAUACUGGCGUAUGUGUUCUAGCAUUUAAAUGUCCUGGACUUCUUAGGUAUACAGCUUACAGGUGUAAACAGCUUUCUGACACCUCUAUUAUUGCAGUUGCCUCUCACUGUCCUUUACUUCAGAAAGUUCAUGUAGGCAACCAGGACAAACUCACUGAUGAAGGACUCAAGCAGCUGGGGUUGAAAUGCAGAGAACUCAAAGAUAUUCAUUUCGGCCAGUGUUACAAGAUCUCAGAUGAAGGCAUGAUCGUCAUAGCUAAGGGCUGUCUGAAAUUACAGAGAAUAUACAUGCAGGAAAACAAAUUAGUGACGGACCAGUCGGUGAAAGCGUUUGCGGAGCACUGUCCUGAGCUGCAGUACGUUGGCUUCAUGGGCUGUUCAGUGACUUCUAAAGGAGUCAUCCAUCUAACCAAGCUAAGAAACCUUUCCAGCUUGGACCUACGUCAUAUCACUGAACUGGAUAAUGAAACCGUGAUGGAAAUUGUCAAGAGGUGCAAAAAUCUUAGCUCUCUCAAUCUCUGCCUGAACUGGAUUAUAAAUGACAGGUGUGUGGAGGUCAUCGCAAAGGAAGGGCAGAACCUGAAAGAGCUGUACCUGGUGUCCUGUAAAAUCACAGACUAUGCUCUGAUAGCCAUUGGGCGAUACAGCAUGACCAUAGAGACCGUGGACGUUGGAUGGUGCAAGGAGAUUACCGACCAAGGCGCCACCCUGAUCGCACAGAGCAGCAAGUCUUUAAGAUACUUGGGGCUGAUGAGAUGUGACAAAGUCAACGAGGUGACGGUGGAGCAGCUGGUGCAGCAGUAUCCUCACAUCACCUUCAGCACUGUCCUGCAGGACUGCAAGAGGACGCUGGAGAGGGCCUACCAGAUGGGCUGGACGCCCGGCGUGUCAGCCGCCUCCUCCUAG